AUGGUUAAAAAUAUUACUCAUACUUUGGAUGACAGGAUAGAAGAAAUGGACAUAAAGUACAAAAAAGUACUUGGAAAUCUUGCGGCUAACUUCUCUGCCGCGACCCUCAAAGUAAAAGCAAGAUACUUUCAUCGAAUUGGUGCAACUGGGAAGGGAACUCUAAGGCUCUACAAAAAUGUUCCAGGAAUUCCGGAGCAUAAAAUUUUCUCCUCCGGGAAGUCCUAUCCUAUCAUUGUCCGCCAUAGUAAUUGCUUAAGUUCAGACGAUGAUGCAAGGAUCGAUCCUCGUGGAGCAGCAAUAAGAAUACUUUCAGAUGAGCACGAUACAAGUACUGCACUUCUUGAUUUGACAUUGAAGACGGGCAAAUCAUUUCAUGCUCGUACAAUUGGUGACUUUGCAACAUGGCUGAUUUGUGGGGCUGAAGCACGGGAGGAGCAGGUGAAAAAUGCUCCUCAUGUAAAGGAUGCUAUGUGGGACUCCCUAAGAAAAGCUAAUUCAUACGCCGAGCUACAUUAUUAUUCAAACAUUUGCAGGUUGUUUAGAUUCGAAGAUGGAAAAGAGAUGUAUGUGAAGUUCAAGUUAAGGCCAUUCGACAAAGAGAUCAAUGAGGAUUCUGGUAAGGUGGAACCUACAAGUAUACUCCCUCCUGAAACAGGUGCAAUCCCAAGAGAUGAGAAUGACACACGACCACUUCUUUUCCUCAAUGAUGAUUUCCAACGUCGUGUGAAUUCUCCUGAAAAAAUCCAAUAUGUACUUCAACUGCAAUUUCGUCCAGUACCAAAUGAUGAAACUGUACGUGAGGCCGCCCUUGAUUGUACCAGGCCAUGGGAUGAAAAAGAAUACCCUUACGUUGAGGUAGGAGAGAUAACCAUUGAACAAGUACUCACCAACGAUGAAUCUCGAAAGUUAGAGUUCAAUCCGUUUCUAAGAUGCCAUGAGGUGGAUGUUAUUCGGGCCACAUCAUGUUCCCAGAGUGCAUCGAUGGAUCAUGGUAGGUCUGUUGUCUACUCUAUAUGCCAGCAUUUACGCAAUAACAAGCCGCUUCCUGAGGCUUGGAGGAGCUUCCUAGAUCACUCUGAUGUAAAGGUUGAUCUUAACGGUUGCCCAAUGGCAGUAUUAAUGGAGAAAGAAGAUGUUCAAAAAGUGACACUGGCAAGACCAUGGAUCAAAGAAGCAGGUUUUAUAGGAAGUCGAGCUGUGGCUAUGCCUAGAGUCACUGUGGAGAAAGAAGGAAGUCUUGCAGCUCUUUCUCUUGCUAUGAAGGGGGAGAUUAUCAAGUAAAAAUGCACCCAAAUUUCUCUGAGAACUGAGUUCUUAAACCUACGUGGUUUAUAGAAUGAAGCAAGUGAUUCUAUUGAUGUAUGCUUGUGAUUUUUGUUAAUCUUUGUGAUGUAUAUUGUAUAUGGUGGUUUAAGGCCAUUUAGUUGUUGUUGGCAUCUGUCUUCCUUUCU